GGAGACGAAUUGACAAGGUGCAGAAAUAAAUAGUGCUUUGAGCCCGACUUGAUGAUGUCAAAAUUAGCCCAAGGAUUGGAAGAAUCAACUGAUCAUGGAUCGUUUGGGCGGUAGUAUCUUCGAAAUUAUUGAAGCUUCUAAACAACCACUGUCUGUUGACUCCCUUGCCAGAAAGUGUUGUCGAGAGAAGCAUGAAGUAAAAAAGAGCUUGGACAAUCUGCUAAAUAUAGGAAUUAUAAGAGUAAGCCCUCAAGGUCUAUGGAGUCUUUCAACAGAUGACAAGGAUGAUCUCAGCCAGGAUGCAGAAUGUUAUAGUGGCUCCCUUUCAGAUCAUUACAGUUUUGGUCAGGGAGCAACAUCUCGAACUGACCCUAUGAUUGUUCAAACUGAACUCAAGGUUCCACAGGAGUCUACGAGUUCACAUGACACAACUCCAAAGGAGCCCAGUUAUUCAGCAUCAAAUGUUGGAAAUAAGAGAAGCCCACCGAAACAUGAGCCUAAGGCUAGUUCUUCUCACACCAGAAAUCUCAGUAUGCCACACAGAAAGGUGUCAGACACCAAUGGUACCUCUUCAUCCCCAAUUAUACAGGAGGUUACUUUAUCUGGAGAAGAUGAUCUGUGUACAGCAUUAGAAGCCACAACAUUAAAAGAACCUGUUCAGCCUGUUUCAGAUAAUAUGGUAGUUCCUCGCACACAUUCUGUUGUCCCAAGACAGAACUCGAACCCGACAACCAUUGCUGUUGGAGGAGCAGUGAUUGAGACAAGUGGAAUAGUGAAUACAAUGCAAUUAUCAACAAUUAAUCCACACAAAAGCAUUAUUGAAAGGGUAAUCAAAUUACUACAAAGUUCCAGUGAAGUGAGACCUUUGGACGUGGCAAAAAAAUGCAUCGGCAAAACUGCCAGUAAAAAGGAUGUCAACAGGUAUCUUCACUACCUGGAAAAAUCAGGAUUCGUUUGUGUCAAGUACCUGAAUGAAGAAAAGAAAUCAAACCCUGUUUGGAGUGCUUUGCCAAAAGCAAGAGACAUCACAGAGAAGAAAAUAAUAGAAUUGGCUUCAGAAAUAUCAAAGAGUCCAUCCAAGUCAAGAACCCAAUCAGAAUUAGUUCCCAGACUACCUGAUAGCAGUCACCAGUAUCCAACGUCUGGAAAUUCCACACCAUAUCACAUCCAUGUAGAGAACCACUUUCAUCAACAUAAGCACACUCAUAACACAGUAAUUCAGGCUGGUGAGGGGAACAGCUUGCAUCUUAAUGCCCAAGGCAUUGAACAGGAAAGAGAAAGAAUAACAGAACAAGAAGCUGAAAAUGAAAUGUAGUUAUUCUAAAACAACCAUUAUUUAAAUGUGAAACGUCUUUAGAAGAAUUUUACGAAAUUCAAAAUUAAAGUAAAUUGUAUUACAUAUGUAUACUGUUAGUUAAAAGUAUAAUAUAACACAGUUUUGAGUGACACCAGGCCCCAAGCCCUUAACUGUGUUAUUUACAUGUGCUUUGAAUAAAGGGUAAUAUGAAAUAUUUCUGAUUUCAGUCGUUGAUAUUUGAAAUUCAGUUAUUCUGAUCCUAAUUUCCGACUUGGUUUAGAUUGCAAGAAUGUUGAUAUAUGGGUCAUUUUGGUCUUUUGAAUGCCUUAUUUAUAAUCCAAUGCUGAUAACUGUGAUCUUAUUUAUGUUAGCAUAAAUAACGUUAUUUUUUAAGAAUUGCUUUUGUUAAAAAAAAAAAAAACUUUAGUCUGUUCAGUAGUUGUACAGAUUUUGUGCUUUCUCUCAAAAAUGUGUUUUGGCAUUACUGAUGUACACUAUACUUGGAUUUUUAUGUGUUUAUGUAUGUGCACAAAUAAUGCUACGAAGAUUCCUGAUUUGAUUAUGUUAUAUAAUACAUGUAAGUCUGUAAAAUUCAUAUUCAUACAAUGAAUGUAAUCAUAAUAAUGGUGUUUUUUUACAUACCAUGUUUUUAAAUUGUGUACAUUGUUCACAUUAUAGACAGAGCAAUUAAUACAAAGAAGAGUCAACUUCAUGUUCAUAUCUCUGUUAAUCUUUGCAAUAAUAUGUAUCAGAAUUUUUAUGUGUGAAAAUGUAUGACGUACAUUAUGUAAAUCAACUGUUGAUUACUAGUAGUUGUCAAGCACACAAGUGCCAAAUUAUUAAUGAUAACCGGUGAUUUAAUCACUUUAACAUCAGCCUCAUUAGCUGCUCAAUAAUUACAUGAUCACUGAGUUUUCUCUUCAAGAGUAAACCAUCCAUCAUCCUUGUGCAAUAUAAAUACUUGAAAAUGCUCUGUUCUUCCAUCAGAUCAGAUUUGAUUUUGGAGAUCUUUUUUUUCAAUUAUUAUUUUGAAUGUGAUUGGAUGAAAUUGACAAAAUUGCUGCAUGAAUUUGGUGCAUUGUUAAAUGAGUUGUUGAAGGGGGACUAAUUGUUAAAUCCAAUUAUUUUUUUACAGUUUAAAAUUGUAUUCAACCUUCAUGAAUGCAUAUAAUGAAUGAUAUUGUAAAUCACGGCAUUAUAUAUUUUGGUGCAGAAACUCAUGUGCACAAUAUACUAUUCCAGCCAAAUUGAUAUACAAGCUUAAAAACAAAAAAAAAUUUGAUUUUGAAUCAUUUGAAAUGUGGUUGCUGCUCAUUUUUUUUAUUAUCAAAAUACAAAUUUCCGCUGAAUUUUUCUUAUUUGGUUAUUUACUUUUCAUUUGUGAUUCUAAAAUUGUGUCAUUCAUCUAUUUUCAGAUAAAUUCUGAGUAAAUCUUCUCUGUAUGAAACAAUUUCACAAUGUUUUGGAACACUAGUUUAGAAAAAAAAAACAUAAAGAAAUUUAGUUUAAUUUGCCAUGGAGCGGUGUUCUAGGUGAAAGCAAGAUCAACAAUUUAAUAUUUACAUCCAUCACGUAUGAUUCCCAUUAUUUCUAACGGAAAUUGUUUGCAAUUCAUAGAUCUGUUGAAACUGACUAAACUCUACACGCUCCUUUUAUCGAUUGGUAGAAACCUACACUGACCUAGGACAAAUCACAGACUGCACGAAAUAAUCAUGAUGAUUUACAUGUCAGACUCAAAUUCCCAUAGGAGACGAUUUGGCUGCUUCUUUUAGCUAACUUACUUUAGUCUGUCCCAAGAUAUUUAUGCAGCACAUUUGGACGAUUUGUAAAAAGAAAGAGGUAAAUAUUGACAAUAUGAAAUGCUUUCUUUGAUAAUUCAUGUGAGUUAUGAAAGUAGCGAUGAUUGCAGGAAAAAAUUCAUAGCCCGCUAACACGGGUUAUGUUAUUUUUUUCUGCACUGUCGCCACCUUAAUAUCCGGCAUAAAUCACCAAAGAAAGG